CACCUUCACUCACUCAAAGCCUUCAAACUCAAAGCAAAACAGUUUUUCUGCGAUUAACAACUUCUCAUUCACCCUUCAAAUUCGAAAAAUGGAAGCACAAAAUGUAUCCGAAUUCGAUCUGGCUUGGCUCGACGACAUUCAAAACUUUCUCCUCAACGAUUCCGAUUUCAAUUUCAAUUUCGAUUUCAAUUUCGAUUUCGAUUUCGGUUCCAAUUCCUCACCUGCAGAUUCUCCGAUCAAUACUACGCCGAUCAACGACGACAGCGAUCAAUCAUCGCAGAUGAUUGAGGAGUUGCUGGCCAGCGACGACAGCGAUCAAUCGUCGCAAAUGAUUGAGGAGUUGCUAAUCAGCGAAGACAGCGAUCAAUCGUCGCAGAUGAUUGAGGAAUUGGUGGUCAGCGACGAGAGCGAUUCCGCGGUAUCGGAGGCGCCGAGGAGACUCGGAGCGGCGGCGGAGUGGAAGCGGUACAGAGGCGUGAGGCGGCGGCCGUGGGGGAAGUUCGCGGCGGAGAUGAGGAAUCCGGAUAAGAAAGGGUCGAGGAUGUGGCUGGGGACGUACGAGACGCCGGAGGAGGCGGCCAUGGCUUAUGACAGAGCGGCCUUCAAGCUGCGCGGAUCCAGGGCUCGGGUCAAUUUCCCCCACCUUAUCGGGUCGGGCGUUUCGGAGCCCACCCGGAUUACGAAGCGGCGUCGUAUUUCGACCGAUUCGGGCUCAUUGAAAAAGAGAAUUAAAAAUGAAGCCUGAUUUGGGCCUUUUUUAAAUGAAUAGUUUUAGCCUUUAGGAAAUGCUUGUCGUAAGUAUUAGAUCAGACAAAUGUUUGAAAAUUGAAAUUACUGUUCCUUUUUGAGCCAAUCUAGUAUAUCCUUUGGAUUGGUUUUA